AUGGCGCGGAUCACGCCGGCAAUGGUGGUGAUCACCAGCCUGAUCCUGACCAUCUUCACCGUCACCAAGGCGUUCAUGAUGAAAAAACAGUUCUACCCGUCGGUGGUGCACCUCACCAAGGACGGAGGAAGCAUGGCUGUAAGUGUUUUGGAGUUUUUUUUUUGAUUUUUAGGAAGUUUGGACGAAAAGUAUCCAAAAGUAUCAAAAGGUUUCAAGGAUAACUUUUGAGGAAUUUUGAGGGUUUUUUGAUGGAAUUUUGAGGCGUUUGGGGUAUUUUGAUGAAAUGAGCUGAGGAAAUUGAUUUUUAGGUCCUCUACUUUCAAGGAGCGGUCUUGGGAUACCUUUUGUUCACCUUCUUCCGAUGGAUCUUCUUUGGUCAGCUGAGAGUUGCGGAAACGGAGGUAAGUCCUCGAAUUUUGGGGCUAAAAUGUUAUUGAAAUUAAGAAUUAUGAUAUGUGCAACGUUUUCUGAUACUUUGCAGUUGAUUUUUUCGAUUAAAUUUUGAGUUUUAGCAAAUUUGACGAAAUGUCACAAAAAUUAUUGGAUUUUUAAAAUGCGAGAAUUGUUUGAUAAUAAGCUUAUUUUGAUGAAAAAAUGUAUGUUUUUCAUUGUGUGUCGCUUUUGGCGAAUUUGACGAAAUGUCACAAAAUUUAUUGGUUUUUGGAAUUUUAAAAAAAUGACCAAAAUUUGGAAAGAUAGUAUAGAAAUUGGUUACAAAUCAAUUUUUCAGCACGCCCUCGACCGAUUCUGGCACGCCAUCGUGGAGACUUGCCUCGCGUUCACCGUUUUCCGCGACGAUUUCUCCCCGAAAUUUGUGAUCCAAUUCGUGGUCCUCUUCUUCUUCAAAGGCUUCCAUUGGCUGGCCGAGGACCGCGUCGACUUCAUGGAACGAUCGCCCCUCAUCACGUUCCUCUUCCACGCCCGCAUCAUGGGGAUUGUCGCGGUGCUGGCCGCCGUGGACUCGUAUUUCAUCUCAAACGCCUAUUUUACGACCAUUAUGAGAGGCGCAUCGGUUCAAAUUGUCUUUGGAUUUGAGGUAAGGAGUGGUUUAUUGUGGUGGGAGGAGAUUUUGGUUCGAAUUUUGCCGAUUUUUUUGGAGAAAUGAGGAAUUUGACGAAAUGUCACAAAAAUUAUUGGGUUUUUUAAUUUGAUGGAGAUUGGUUUUUGAUGUUGGAAAUUGUUGUUUGAGUGUUUAUUUUUGUGUUUUGCAACUUUUUGGAGAUUAGACGAAAUGUCACAAAAAUUAUUGAUUUUUUGAAAAUUGAUGUAGGUUGGUUUUUUAUGCUGGAAUUUGUUGUUUGAGUGUUUAUUUUUGUGUUUUGCAAUUUUUUGGAGUAUAGACGUAAUGUCACAAAAAUUAUUGAUUUUUGGAAAAUCAAGUUUUGAUGCGAUUUUUUUAAGUAUGCCAUCCUGCUGACCAUGAUCUUCCACAUUGCGAUGAAGUAUCUGCUGCAUAUGCACGACCUGCGCUCCGCCCACCCAUGGGAAGCGAAAGCCGUCUAUAUGCUCUACACCGAACUGGUCAUCACCGUCCUCCGCUGCCUCCUCUACCUCUGCUUCUGCAUGGUGAUGAUGAAACUGCACACUUUCCCCCUGUUCGCCAUCCGCCCCCUCUACCUCACGUUGAGGUCGCUGAAGAAGGCGAUCAACGACGUCGUGCAGUCGCGCCGCGCCAUCCACGCCAUGAACACGCUGUAUCCGCUGGCCACGGAGCGCGAACUCACCGAUGGCGACAAUAUCUGCAUCAUUUGCAGGGAGGAAAUGACCCUCGAUGCGGGCCCCAAAAAACUACCUUGUGGCCAUAUUUUCCAUCCAAACUGCCUUAGGUCGUGGUUCCAGCGACAACAAACCUGCCCCACAUGCAGAACGGAUGUAUUGGGAGGUAAGGGUUUGGAGAAGAAAGUGAAAUUUGGAGAUUUUUGAGUGCGCAGCUCGCGCCCUAGCUUGGUGAAAAGUGAGGCGGAAAGACGGGAUUUUUGGAUUUUCCGAGAUAUAGAGAUGUCAGUAAUUCAUGAAAAAAACGUAUUUUUUCGUAUUUUACGGUUUUGCGGAUUUUUUCAUUUGGCAGCUCGCGCCCUAAUUUGGUGAAAAAUGAGGCGGAAAGACUGAAUUUUUGGAUUUUUCUGGCUGUAGAGAUGUCAGUAACGCAUGAAAAAACGUGUUUUUUCGUAUUUUACGAGUUUGGCGAGUUUUUCAUUUGGCAGCUCGCCCCCUAGCUUGGUGAAAAGUGAUGCGGAAAGACGGGAUUUUUGGAUUUUCCGGACCGUAGAGAUGUCAGUUGUACAGAAACAACUUAUUUUUUCGUAUUUUACAAUUCUGCCUAGUUUUUCAUUUGGCAGCUCGCGCCCAUAAUUUCGAGUAAAAUUUGAAAUUUAUGCGGAUUUUAAGGGGAAAAUAGAGGAUUAACAGAAUACAGAAAUGUAUUCGAGAUUUUAAAAAUUUUUAAUAGGGAUUUUAUGGCACGCUGCACCCUAUAAAAUCUAUUUUUGGCGAAAUUUGGAAAAAAUAAGGCUGAAAAAUUAUUGUUUUAGUUCUAAAGUAAAAUUUAGAGGGAGAUAAGUUAUGGUUUUAGCGAUCCCGAGAGCCGCCCAGCCCCAAAACCCGGCCCAGCCCCCGCUUGACGGCGGAAUUGCGGCUUUCUUGGCCAAUGUUGGACUCCCUCAGUUCCAGGCAGCCCAACAACAACGCCUCCUCAAUCAGGCCAAUAAUGCACAGCCGAAUCCCGCCCAACCUCAGGUCAACAUGGAUGGAAACCAGUUGAGAGUCAAUCUGGGACAAAUCUUUGGCGGAAACGGCCCUCAAAUGCAAAUCAUUGCUGGAGUGGGCGCACAAAAUCAGCCACAGCCACAAAAUCAACCGCCAAAUGGGGUAAGGAGAGAGUGUAGAAGGGAGUAGGAGCGAUUUGGAGCCGAGACUGGGGAUUUGAAACGGAGAAAAUAGGGAAAAAGUUGGCUUUGCAGGCAGUGGGACUCGAACCCGCAACCUUUUGAGUGAUAGGUUCGGAAAAAAUCCACUUGACUAUUGAAGCACGGCUCGGUUUUUUGACGGGUUUUGGCCGGAAAUGAAGGAAAAAGGAGUGGAAAUGGAAAAAAAUUGAAUGGAAAUUGUAUUUUAGGGAUAAAAAAAUUAUUGGAAGGGGAAUUUGGGGGGUGUUGAUGCUUUUUUGGACAUUUUUUGGGAUUUUUUGAGUUUUUUUUGGGGUUUUCGAAAUUUUGAUGGAUUUAAAACUGUAAAAAAGCGUAUUUUACUAGCAAUAUUUUGGGUAUUUCAAGAUUUUUUGGAAUUUUUUGAUUUUUCAAAAAUUUUUUUUUGGGUUAAAAAUGGCGAAAAUGACUGAUUUAUAGCAAAGGAAAUUUAAAAACGUGUUUUAUGAUUCGUAUUUUAGCCCUUCGUCUUCCCCACACCGCAUCCAUUCCCGGCGCCGCCCACUUUCCACGGCCUCACCGAUGUUGAAGUGGCUCAACUCGAAGGCCAGAAUCGAGCCGCCAUUGAGGCCAGAAUCCAAGCCCUGUACAAUAUUCACACCCUCCUCGAAGCCGCCACUCUACAGUUCCAGCAAUAUAUCGCUGUUGCGCCAACCAUCCCGCCAGCCAAUUUCCCCCAACCGACGGAAGAGAAUAAUAAUGGAAAUAAUGGUGGUAAUGGCGCAGCGAAUGGGGAAAGUAGUGGCCCCCAGCCACAAGAAGACCCUCAGAGAGAAGCAGAGGGAGUUUUGACACCCGACAAUCAACCAGGACCAAGUAGUGGAACGGGUUUGAACAGUGAUGUCAAGGAGAAUAUAAAGGUCGAAAAGUUGGAAAAGACGGAAAGCAAAACGACCCCUGAGGCGGUCAGGUAAAUUUUAUGACAGAUUACGGCAUUUAAGAGAUUUUGGAGGCAUUUUGAGCGAUUUGGAGGGGUUUUUGAAUGUGCGAGCUGCGCCCUGGCUUAGUCUCGGAACGCCGCCGCGCGCGGAGGAAAAGCUUGAAAAGUUUCUAAAAAGUGUGGAAUAGGAUGGAAAUUGAGUUUUAUUUUAUUUUUUCGGUGAAUUUUUAUUUUACCGGAGUGAUAUUGUCGUAUUUUAGCCCCGAUGCUGGCACCCCAGUGGAUUCGCCUCAACCCUCCCACAAUGAAGAGCUCCGUCGUCGACGACUGGCCGCCUUCGAACGCCAACUGAAUGAUGAGAACGCAGCCUAA